GGCCGGGCCGGGCCCAGCCAUGGACACCCAGUGCACAGUCCAGGUGAAGCUGGAGCUGGGCCACCGUGCGCAGCUGCGGAAGAAGCCCACCACCGAGGGGUUCACCCACGACUGGAUGGUGUUCGUGCGUGGCCCGGAGCAGUUUGAGAUCCAGCACUUUGUGGAGCGGGUCGUCUUCCGGCUGCACCAGAGCUUCCCUAAACCCAAACGUGUCUGCAAGGAGCCUCCUUAUAAAGUGGAAGAAUCUGGUUACGCUGGUUUCAUUAUGCCAAUUGAAGUCCACUUUAAGAACAAGGAGGAGCCCAAGAAAGUGUGCUUCACCUACGACCUCUUCCUGAACCUGGAGGGGAACCCGCCCGUCAAUCACCUCCGCUGCGAGAAGCUCACCUUCAACAACCCCACCAAGGAUUUCCGCCGCAAACUCAUCCGUGCGGGAGGGGUGAUGGUGAUGCCGGAAGGGGCGGAGACAGUGUCCAGGCCCAGCCCCGACUACCCCAUGUUACCCACAAUCCCGCUGUCCGCCUUCUCCGACCCCAAGAAGACCAAACCCUCCCACGGGUCCAAGGAGGCGAGCAAAGACGGCAGCAAAGCCUCCAAGCCCCACAAGGUCACCCGGGAGCAUCGGGAGCGGCCCCGGAAAGACUCUGAGAGCAAAAACCCCUCCCGGGACCCCGACCGGGAGCCGAGCAAGCCCCCGAAGGAUUCCUCCCGCAAGCCCAUGGAAAACAAGCCACCCAAGGAGGAGAAGCCUGUUCCUAAAGCCGCCUUCAAGGAGCCCAAGCUGGCUCUGAAGGAGCCCAAGGUGGAGAACGCGUCCCCCAAGGGCGGGCCGCCCCCGCCGCCGCCCCCUCCGCCGCCCGAGGCCAAGCCGUCCAGCAAACGGCCCCCGGCUGUGGAGUCCCCCAAGCCCAGUGCCAAAAAACCCAAGAAGAACAGCUCCAAGGCGGCCAAGACCGUCCCGGCCACCUCCCCCCGGACCGCGUCCUACGCCGAGAAGAAGCCGGCCAAGGAGAAGCCCAGCGCCAAAGCGGAGAAGGCGAAGCCGGAGAGCGACACCAAGGCCGUCAAGAAGCCCCUGGAGGUGGCCGUGGCCGAGGAGUCCCAUUCGGAGGACGAGGCUUCUCUGAAAUCAGAGUCCGCGCCCUCCAGCCCUUCCAACUCCAGCUCCAGCUCCGACUCCAGCUCCGACUCUGAUUUCGAGCCGUCUCAGAACCACAGCCAAGGGCCGCUGCGUUCGAUGGUCGAGGACCUGCAGUCGGAAGAGUCGGACGACGACGACGACAGCUCUUCGGGGGAAGAGGCGGCGGUCAAGGUGACCCCGGUGGGCAGGGACGCCAGGCUCAGCCACAGCGACAGUGACAGCGACAACAGCACGGACUCCUGCCUUCCGAGUCGAGAGACGCCUCCCAGCCAGAAGCUGCCCCCUUUGAACAAUAAGAUCUCCGGAAGAAAGAGCCCCGAGUCCUGCAGCAAGCCGGAAAAGAUCUUGAAGAAAGGGACCUACGACAAGGCCUACACCGAUGAGUUGGUGGAGCUUCACCGGAGGCUGAUGGCUUUACGGGAACGGAACGUGCUUCAGCAGAUCGUCAACCUCAUCGAGGAAACCGGCCAUUUCAACGUCACCAACACCACCUUCGACUUCGACCUGUUCUCCCUGGACGAGACGACCGUCCGCAAGCUGCAGAGUUACCUGGAGGCCGUGGCGACGUGACCCGCGGCCUCCCGAGCCGGACGCUUUUUUGUGGAACCAGAAUUCCCAUCUCUUUGGUAUCAGGAAUGGACCCGUGGACCUUGGCCGCUGCCUUAUCCUCUCGAUUCACCUGAAGCACUGCCUUAGGGUUCAGCCACGCCGCCGCCAGCUGCACUUCUCCUCUCGGGCUCCAGCCGCGCGCUCGCUCGCCUUUGGCGACUCUGGUCUCCCUCGCUUCGGAAGCUUGCUUGAAAACUGGUAGAGUCGAAGCCGCGCUGAUCCUUCGCUGCGCCGCUGCGCCGCUCCUGUCUGUUCGUUUGCGUCUUUUUUUAAACAAACAAAAAAAUCCGGCUUCUUUUUUUUUUUUUUUAAGAAAAAAAAACCCUUUUAGAAUGAGAUUCUCUCCAGCUGUGAUUUUAAGGCUACACUUUUACGGCUUCGCUUGAAGCCACGGAAUCGAUUCAGCGGUUACUGCUUCUACGGACGUGACGAAACUCGCCUGCAGUGUCUGAAGCUUCCCCCACCUUGCCCGGUGCCCCUCUUCCUGCCCCGCAAUGUGGAGAGACGUUUGUGCCACCUCGAGGGCGGGCGUUGGUGCAGCUGAAUCGUGUGGCGGCCCUGAGACAUCCGCCAUGACCGGGGUCCCGGGGGUCGCCGUGGGGGUCGCUCUCCACCCCUUCUGGGCGGGAGGCGCUGUGCUCAGCAGGCAGCCAUACGCAGGCUUGGACCCGCUCCUGUGUGCGCGGGGAAGAUUCACACUUGAGGCUUUUGACAGCGCUGAAUCCCGUCUCUCAAGAAAGCCUUCGCUUUUCUCCCGCCCCCCUUUUUGAUCUGCUUUAACUGUAAGGACUACAUUGUUGUACGCUGUCUAUUUUAUAUAUAUAUAUAUAUAUAUUAUAUAUAUGUACGGUAUAAAAAGGGCCUAAUUGGGUCUU